GUGCCUUUAGUGGCGCGGAUAGCAAUCUUGGCCGCUUUAGUGGCCAAAAUCACAGCCGUCGCAGAGCUGUUUUACUGCUAUAGGGAUUAGGUUUUUUCGAGAGAGAAGAAGGUUCAGAAAGUAAAAAUGCCCUCCGAAUUAGAGCGUUGGGGCUAUUAGUUGAGGACGUUUUCUAUUUUUCAGUUCUAUUAGUUGGGGUGUUAUUGGUUUUUCAGUUCUAUUAGUUGGGGUAUUUUUGGUAUUUCAAUUAUUAUGAGCUAGAGAGGCCCCCGAAAAACAAAACACAUAGCCGCAUUACACCUUUCUUCUCCCUCAGACCCUUAUUCCUGCACCUCAGCCACUUGGACCACCCUCCGGUGACUUCUCCAGCAUCCUCCAUCCUCCUUCAUUUUUCUCCCUCCUUCCUCCUCCUCCUUCUUUAGUGUAGUGGCCAUCCCGUUAUGCGCUAUACUGCUAUUGCGUUUUUUGGGUCCGCUGCUACGCUCCGCUAUCCGGGAAUGACAAGCCUGGUCACAGAAAAGAGCUGGUAUGCAUCAUCUCUUACAUAUUUGGGACAAUUCUUGACUCUAGGGUUUUGCAUAGGGUUCUGAGUUCUAUCCUCCUUCCUCUUACCUUUCUCUUUUUAACUAUUCUACCAUGAGCCCUAUGCAAAACAGCAGUACCGCAAAAUCCAAAUCAAAAGUGACCCGAAGGGGUAAAGGCAAAAGGAAGAGAUUUCUAGGAGAACCUAAUGAUCAAGUUGCAGAUACCCCAUCAGAAUUCUCAUUUGCUAAAGCCAAAAUUGCAGUUGCGCAGAUCUGCCAGUCAGUUGGCUACAAACGCUCUGAAUAUGAUGCUCUUGAAACCUUGACUGAUGUUUCUGUGAGAUAUAUCCAAGCCAUUGCGAGAUCAGCUGCCUCCUUUGCUAAUGCUUCCAAUCGUACCGACUCCAACCUCUUUGACCUCAUCAAUGGCAUUCAUGAUCUGUGCUCAGUUAAAGGAUUUCCUGGUGGUUCAGCAAUGCACAAAAGUAAUCUGCUGGGUUCCAAAGCUCUAAAAGAGAUUAUGAAUUCUGUCAACCUCUCUAAGGCAGCACCCUCUACCAAACCAAUUCCAUUGAAAAACACUUCUGGAAGCCAAAAUCCAAAGCUAACCAUUGAUUCUGGCACAUCAAUUUGUCGCUUCAAGAAAGCAAAAAUACAAUAUUUGCACAUACCAAGUUGGCUCCCAGAUUUUCCUAAGGAAAACCUAUAUAAUAGUCGUGAUCAGGUUUUGGUUAAGGAGAGGAAAUGCGGUGAGAAAUUGUGGGAGCAUUCACUUGCUGCGGAAGAUUGCAGUGGUACUGUGGAGGAAAACAUUUGUGUAUUGCAGGCCAAUGGCAUCACUGAAAAAGAAGAGAAAGGCACCAGGAUGGAGUUAGCAAAGGGAAGAGGAAGAGACAGAGUCAAGUUUAAACUCGGAAGGGGGGAAGAGAAGCAGAUUGGAUUGGGAAUGAAUAUGAUGAAUGGGGUUUGUAAAGGAGGGAAACGAGUGUCAUGGAAAAAUGAUUCUAUGGUUGAGGAAAAUGAAGAUGAAAGGUGGGCUUUUAAGAGAAAGGUUAAGGUAGCAUAGAUAUAUAAAUGAUGUAUGUAAUCUGUCUCAAGCAUUUUGUCACAACUAAAUCAAAUCUUUAAUACUUUCAUAUAUACCCGCGGACGAGGCAUAAUUUCAGCCA